GAGAAGGCCAAGACUAUAACUUGGUUCAGAAAAGAGCAGGAUAAAGUCAUGGAGGACAGGUCCGUCCAUGGGUAUUAGCCAAGAAGGUCCGGCUCACAACCCCCAUGCUGGGGGGUUCCUACAUCUCUGACUGCCAGAAGCAGGGACUGGAUGAUGGGAUAAAUUACUUGGUAAUUGCUCCAUGCUGUUCAUUGCCUCUGGGGCACUUGGCAUUGGCUACUGUCAAAAGACAGGAUACUGGGUUUGCUGGACCUUUGGUUUCACCCAGUUACUUGCCCUCCCCAUGCCUCAGUUUCCCAUUUGCCCCAGGAGGCAACAGAAGAGCUGCCUGAAGUGCUUCGAGAUGUGCUAUGUUAUUAAUGUGACUGUGGAGAAAGGAGGAGUCCACUUUCCAGACAACAAAUAUCUUUUACAAGCUGUAAUGUAGUACUGGGACACUUGUGAUGAGAAUGCAGCAAUCACUGGGAAACAUUCUAUUCUCACUGGGUGUGUGUUUGUUUUUGGCUCUUUCAGGCUUUGUUUUGGGAGGAGCGUUUGGUGUAUUCACAGCAGGCAUUGACACCAAUGUAGGGUUUGACCCCAAGGAUCCCUAUCGUACACCAACCGCGAAAGAAGUCCUUAAAGAUAUGGGGCAAAGAGGGAUGUCCUAUGCCAAAAAUUUUGCCAUUGUGGGUGCUAUGUUCUCCUGUACUGAAUGCCUAGUAGAGUCUUAUCGUGGAAAGUCAGACUGGAAGAACAGCGUUAUUAGCGGAUGCAUCACUGGAGGAGCCAUUGGCUUUAGAGCUGGCUUAAAAGCGGGGGCCAUUGGCUGCGGCGGCUUUGCUGCUUUUUCGGCAGUGAUUGAUUAUUACCUACGGUAACUGCGCAGUUCUCUGGGGAAGUUUCACUUCUGCUCCACUGCCGCUGGUAAGAGUCACUGGACAGACUUCUGGCCUUGGGAUCGGUGAUCGGAGCAAGCCGGCUGUUGUCUGCUGUGUGUCCUAAGGUCCCUUUCGCCCCUCGCUCUGGCAGGCUGGUUUCAUGCCCAGUCGCUGGCAUUUCUUGGAAGCGAGUGAGGCUUCUGGACACAACAGGGUCCGUGUAGUUGUCAGGAUGGAUAAAGUGUCAGUUUCUAUGAACUAAGCCUCUUCUCAACCAGAACCUUUGGGGUCCAAAAUAUGUGGCAUGUUUUGCUGGGGUUGAAAGAGGCAAGCCCUUGGAAUCUUCCUAAAUAAAUGCAGCAAGCUGGAUUGUCAGUUUGCUGCAAACGUGUUCAUAGUAACGGGUUUGCAACUUGCUGCUCUGUUGGGUAGUAACAAGCCCUUGUGGGGGAAAGAAUAAGCCAAUUCCAGGCAUCUCUUACUGUCUCCUGGAGAGUACUUACCCUCUGUACACCUAAAUAGGAACCAGUUUGCCCUGCCACAUCUUCCAGAGAACCAUGUGAAAAGGCAGUUUACCUGUUGGCGUGGUGGCCCUGUUGCUGGCAGCAUUUCAGCAGCAGCAUACUGUACAGCAAGCCAGUUUAGCUGAGCUGCUCUCACUGGACUCCUCCAGCGAGUGAUGAUGCUCCUGCUUCUGCUGCUGUUAGAGCAGAAAGGUCCCAAAGUGUCCCGGCUGGAAAGCCAUCGCAGUAGAGCGCUGCCAGGAGCGGCCGGUUGAUUUGCCAGAACACAAGCCUUUCCCGCCACUGAGCUGCACCAGUUUGGCAAGCUCUGGGAUCCUGGCACGAGACCUUCCAGCUGCUCUUGCAUGUGCCUUGAGGCCAGAAGUCAGACUGAUUUGGGAUUUCUAAUUAAAUCAUGCAUUGAGUUUCUCA